AAACCUAUAUGCCUGACUACGCAGAUGUCAGCCUGCCCCCAGAAGACCGGGUCAGAGGUCUUAUUCAUAUGGGGAGUACUGUGGAGGUGAAUGAAGAUGUUCCACCAAGGCGAUACUACCGUUCAGGUGUUGAAAUCAUCCGAAUGGCAACUAUUUAUUCUGAAGAAGGCAACAUCGAACGUGCCUUUAUAUUGUACAACAAAUACAUUACGCUUUUCUUAGAGAAACUCCCCAAGCAUCGUGAAUAUAAGACUGCAAUCAUUCCAGAGAAGAGAGAGACAGUGAAAAAACUAAAAGAGGUUGCGUUCCCUAAAGCAGAGGAGUUGAAAAAAGAGCUUUUAGCAAAAUACAACAAAGAAUAUGCAGAGUACAAUAUACAGAAGAAGAAGCAAGAGGAGGAAUUUGCCCGCACCUUGGCCCUACAGCAACAGCUGGAGGAGGAGAGGCAGAGAGUGGCUCGCAUGAAGCAACAGCAGGCCGAACAGGAGCAGUUCCACGCCUUUGAAGACAUGAUCAGGCGCCAGGAGCUUGAGAAAGAGCGCCUGAGGGUGGUGCAGCAAUUUGGGACAGCAACUCCCGGCCCCUUGGAGGAUCCCUUAAUACCUGGUGUGCUCAAGCCCCCCACCGACCCCCAAACCCUUAUGUCUGCUGGUCAACCUUUGAGCCCCGCUGGAGGAAGUGGACUACCAAAGCCGCCCAUAGUGGACAGGUCUCUAAAACCUGGCACUUUGGGGAACUCAGAAAACAAUGCAGUUAUAGAUGGUCUUCGCCACAUCAUUGUCCCCAGGGAGCUCUGUCAUAAAUUUCUGCAGUUGGCAGAUGCAAAUACAGCCAGAGGUGUGGAGACAUGUGGGAUCCUUUGUGGGAAGCUGAUGAGGAAUGAAUUCACAAUAACCCACGUCAUUGUUCCCAAGCAGCAUGGAGGGCCUGACUAUUGCAACACUGAGAGUGAGGAAGAGCUCUUCCUAAUCCAGGAUCAGAACAGCCUGAUCACCUUGGGAUGGAUCCAUACUCAUCCUACUCAAACGGCUUUCCUUUCCAGCGUGGAUUUGCACACCCAUUGCUCCUAUCAGAUGAUGUUGCCAGAGUCUAUCGCUAUCGUUUGUUCACCGAAGUAUCAAGAGACUGGAUUCUUUAAACUGACAGACCAUGGGAUGGAGGAGAUCUCUUCCUGCAGACAAAAAGGAUUCCAUCCCCACUGCAAAGAUCCUCCUCUCUUUAUAACUUGCAACCAUGUGACCAUCAUGGAACAAGAAGUGGCAGUGCUGGACCUUCGAUAAGGCUGCCUUUAUAUCUCUUAUCAGCUAUUCCUGUCCUUCUUAAAGCUAAUUUAUGGUUGCUUCUCUCACUUUCUGUGCAGUGAUAUCCAGAAUCUUACCUGUAACAGCAAAGGAAUUUUGCCUUCUCUUUGAUCACAUGCAAAUAAUAAUUUGGGGCAUCGCUGAGAAUCAGUAAAGCAAAAUUAUAAACUAAAAUUAACCCUAACCUUGAUACAGCUAGUCUUGGCUGCUGACAAAGGUUUUUCAACAAACCAGGCUCCAGAACACACACAGAGGCACAAACAAACAGGAACAAUUCUUGGAAGUGUUUGGCUUGACUCGGAAAACAUCCAUCCUUCUGUCUAUUAAGAUCUUUCUCAACUCUUGCAUGUUCUUGGAAAACAUCGGUCCCAUCGGUGAUUUGGAAUUCUCACACUCAACUGUGCUGUGCCAAAACUUUGACUUUAGUGAGCAGUAAUAAAGCAAUUUUUGUGUCGGACAGAAGGAAGUACCCACAAAGAAAACCAGGCUAGUGCCUAUUAGGUCUUAGAUUCGUCUUUCCUAGAUUAGGGGUCCCCAACCUUUCCGAUUUUACGGACCAGGGGGGGGGGAGGAGAGGAAACGGUUCUGUGCGAGUGGCAGACGUACACACUUGUGCAUGCAGUUCCAUUUGCAUGAGUGGUGGGCACUCCUGUGCGUGUGUGAAGCUCCAUUUGUGUGAGCACAAGUGGAGCUGUGUGUGCUCACUUGCUGCAGCCUUGGGGUUAGGGACCUCUGCCCUAGAUAAUGGCACCUUGUUCCAAGGGAAUAAUUCAUGUGUUUAAGAAGAGAGAAUCAAAGGAGUUUCUUGAAAUAACUAGCUAGGAGUUUUUUUUGUUACCGAUUCUCCCUUUUUAGGAAUCUACAUUUUAUAAAAACAUGUCAAUU